AUGGGGAGCUUCUGCUCCGCACCUCACCUCCGCGUCUCCCCCCGCCCAGGUGGCGUGGUGACACCGCUGGCCAGACACACCAGCGCGCUGCACGCCAGAAGGGAGCUUGUGACAUCUUGCUCUUCCACUAAGUAUAGAGGCGCCAACGCCAUGCCGCCGCACUACGAAGGUGGAGGUAAGGGAUCUUCCUGCUCUGUUCCCUGGCUCCCCACUUCCUCACGCAUCAUCAUCGCCAACAAACCCUGGCUGCGAUUGGUCCUCACCAUGACAACCACUGCCCUCAUACUGGUUAUGGCUGUCUUCAAUAUGUUUUUCCUCGAAGACGAGAUCCUGACCACCCCACCACCAGUGAACAUAUCCAACGACAGUGUACUCAGCUCCUACAGCCCUGCCAGCCUCCACGACGGGGACAAGUUCUACCUACCUUAUUUCAUCUACUGUUGCAUCCUGGGCUUGGUGUCAUGCUCUGUGUUUCUAAGGAUAAACUACGAGCUGAAGAUGGUGGUUAUGCUUGUUGCCGUGGUGAUCUACAAUGUCAUAAUCCUCCAGACGCAUGCCCCCCUGCUGGAUGGAUAUAGUACUGCACUGUACCGAACACAGUCUGUCGAUAGGCCUGGGGUUCUGAAGGACCUGAAGACCAUGGGUUCUGUGUCUCUCUUUAUUUUCUUCAUCACUCUCCUGGUGUUAGCCAGGCAGAAUGAAUAUUACUGUAGGUUAGACUUCCUCUGGAGAGACAAGUUCAAGAGGGAGUGCGAGGAGAUUGAGACCAUGGAGAAUCUUAACAGGGUGCUAUUGGAGAACGUUCUACCGGCCCAUGUUGCAGAACACUUUCUGGGACGGAACUGGAAAAACGAGGACCUGUACCAUCAGUCCUACGAGUCGGUGUGUGUGAUGUUUGCGUCCAUCCCUGACUUCAAAGAGUUCUACACUGAGUCAGACGUCAACAAGGAGGGCUUAGAGUGUCUCCGUCUGCUCAACGAGAUCAUAGCCGACUUUGACGAGUUGUUGUCCAAGCCCAAGUUUAGCGGUGUGGAGAAGAUCAAGACCAUUGGCAGCACCUAUAUGGCCGCCACUGGCCUGAACGCAACUCCAGGACCUGAAUACACACAGGAGCAUGACAGACAGUACAUGCACAUCGGCACCAUGGUGGAGUUUGCGUUUGCCCUGGUCGGAAAGCUGGAUGUCAUAAACAGACAUUCCUUUAACGAUUUCCGACUUAGAGUCGGAAUCAACCACGGGCCGGUGAUUGCGGGGGUGAUCGGCGCUCAGAAACCUCAGUAUGACAUCUGGGGGAACAGUGUGAAUGUAGCCAGUAGGAUGGAGAGCACAGGGGUACUGGGGAAAAUACAGGUUACGGAGGAGACGAGUCGCAUCUUGUCGACGCUGGGGUACAUGUGUUCGUGUCGAGGCAUCAUCAACGUGAAGGGCAAGGGAGAGCUUAAAACCUAUUUUGUUCAUACAGAGAUGACCAGGUCUCUGUCCCAGGGGACUGUGAUGCCUUGAACAUGUGGCUGACGCACACACACGGACACACACACACAAACAUUCACACCAGAUGAACAUACGACAUGCAGACACGUACACACGCACAGACUUGACGAUGUAAACACACGGGCUAGGCUGUACAUCUGAUCCACCUUCGACAGGCUGUCUUGGCUUCAAAGGCCACCGCAUCAUCCGAGCCUUCAGAGAGAGGUGGCCAGCUGCUGUACAUCCAGCAUCCUCUCUCCCUCGCUGCCCACAGUAGAGCAGCAUCCUCUCUCCCUCGCUGCCCACAGUAGAGCAGCAUCCUCUCUCCCUCGCUGCCCACAGUAGAGCAGCAUCCUCUCCCCCCCGCUGCCCACAGUAGAGCAGCAUCCUCUCUCCCUCG